UGCGCACCGGAAGUUUGGGAGCACCGGAAGAGCUGAGGACGCCUCUGGUCGCUGCGAGGGCUUCCCAAAACUGAAAUUCAAAGAAACUUCACCCUUUCCCGCCCCUUCGGGUAUCCCGCUGAGGGAGAUGACGGAUCAGCGUCCAGAAGGCAGUUUCGGAGUGCUCAAAGGCCAAGCUCUUUCGUCUGCCUCACGACAGUAGUGCGCUUUUUUCCAGUAGUGCGCUCCCAUUUCACAGGGGAGCGACUUUGAGGCUCUGUGACCAGCUGUACGACUCAGGCGGAGAUGGCAGGACCUGGAUUAGAGCGCAAGCCUUCCCACUUCCGGCCUGGACUUGCCUCCUGUUCCGGGGGUGCCUGAGUGGGUCACUACUCCAGGGGCAGGGCCACUGUCCAGCCAGGAACGGGACAGCUCUGGCUGGCAGGGUCUCGUCCCCUCUGCCCGGGGGUGCCGGAGGCGCCCGGCGGCGCGGGCUCUGGAGCCCGGGUUAGGCCCCGCCCCUCGCUGAGGCGUUCCCGUGCUGUGAUUGGUUGAUCGCUUUAGUGAGUGACGCGAUUGGCCCCCUAGCAGCCGUUGGAAUUUGAACUCGGUGUUGGUGGUUUGGUCCGCGCGUCGCCUGCCUGGGAGGCGGGCCUUGGUCUCAACCUGCCGCGGAUUGGUCGGUUUCUCUGCCAACGUCAAAACAGUCUCGCUGAUAGGUGCGUCUUGUGCAUUCGUGGCACCCUUCCAUUUCAGCGGGAUCCCAGCGUCUGCGGAGGCGACGAGGUGCUCCGGAGAGGUGUGCUGUUUGAGUGAAAGGCUGAGGAAAUCGGGUACGGGCAGUUGGACGCAAUCCUAGGGACCCUGCAGUACUGAGGGCGGCCUAGUAGCCCGGAGCCAGUGGGAGAAGGAUGUCUCCCCAGCUGUUCGAGUUCCAUCUGCCUUUAUCCCCGGAGGAGUUGUUGAAAAGUGGAGGUGUUAAUCAGUAUGUUGUACAAGAGGUAGUGUCCAUUAGACAUCUGCCAUCCCAGCUCAAAGCAUUUCAGGCCACCUUCCGAGCUCAGGGGCCCCUGGCUAUCCUGGAACACUUUGAUACCAUCUACAGCAUUUUACAUCACUUUCGAAGUAUAGAUCCUGGCCUCAAGGAAGAUGCUCUGGAAUUCCUGACAAAAGUGGUCUCCCGCCACUCCCAGGAGCUCCCAGCCAUCCUGGAGGACACAACUCUGAGUGCAUCGGACAGAAGUGCCCACCUCAAUGCCCUCAAGAUGAACUGCUAUGCCCUGAUACGCCUCUUGGAAUCCUUCGAGACUAUGGCCAGCCAGACAAGCCUCGUGGACCUGGACGUGGGCGGGAAGAAUAAGAAAUCCCGGAGCAAAGCAGGCCAUGGCUUUGACUGGGAAGAAGAGAGGCAACCAAUUCUUCAGCUCUUAACACAGCUCCUCCAGUUGGACAUUCGUCACCUGUGGAACCACUCAAUCAUUGAAGAGGAAUUUGUCAGUUUGGUUACUGGCUGCUGCUACCGCCUGCUGGAGAAUCCCAGCAUCACUCACCAGAAGAACCGGCCUACCCGGGAAGCCGCUGCGCACCUGCUGGGCGUGGCCCUGACACGCUAUAACCACAUGCUCAGUGCCACCGUGAAGAUCAUCCAGAUGCUGCAGCACUUUGAACACCUCGCACCUGUGCUGGUGGCAGCUGUGAGUCUCUGGGCAACGGAUUACGGCAUGAAGAGCAUUGUGGGAGAGAUCGUAAGAGAGAUUGGACAGAAGUGUCCUCAGGAGCUGAGUCGGGACGUAUCGGGGGCCAAGGGCUUUGCCAGCUUCCUGACGGAGCUCGCAGAGCGGGUGCCUGCAAUCCUGCUGUCCAGCAUGUGCAUGCUGCUGGACCACCUGGACAGAGAGAAUUACAUGAUGCGCAAUGCCGUGCUGGCGGCCAUGGCAGAGAUGGUGCUGCAGGUCCUGAACGGGGACCACCUGGAGGACACAGCGCGGGACACCAGAGAUCAGUUCCUGGAUACCCUGCAGGCCCACAGCCAUGACAUCCACUCCUUCGUCCGGAGCCGUGUCUUGCAGCUUUUCUCCCGAAUCGUGCAGCGGAAGGCGCUCCCUCUGACGCGCUUCCAGGAUGUGGUGGCAUUAGCUGUGGGGCGUCUGGCCGACAAGUCGGUGCUCGUGUGUAAAAACGCCAUCCAGCUGCUGGCCAGCUUCCUAGCCAACAACCCCUUCUCCUGCAAGCUCAGUGAUGCUGACCUCGCUGGACCGCUCCAGAAGGAAACCCAGAAGUUACAAGAGAUGCGGGCCCAGAGGCACAGCGCAGCAGCUGCCUCUGCAGUGGUGGAGCCCGAGGAGGAGUGGGAAGCGAUGCUGCCAGAGCUGAAGUCCACCCUGCAGCAGCUUCUAGAGCUCCCGCAGGAGGAGGAGGAAGGCCCUGAGGAAACUGCUGCUGCAGGGACUGUGGAAGAGGCGAAAGGACACAUCCGUGAGCUGCUGUCCAAAGCUAGAUACAAGCAAGCCAUCUGGGUCGCUCGAGCAGCCAUAGGCCACUUCCCAGAGUCUGCACCCUUCAGGCACACAGACCCAGAGCAGCCAGAGGAGACCAGGCUCCUGAGCCUCUUAGGAACCAUCUUCAAAGGCCCGGCAGCUUCCACUCAGGGCCACAGUGGGAGCACAGUCCCAGGACAGGCCGUGGGGUCAGACGCGCCUGCCGGGCCCAGGGACGGUGACGAGCUGCUGAAGCAGGAGAUGCUGGUGCAGUACCUGCAGGAUGCCCACAGCUUCUCCCGGAAGAUCACGGAGGCCAUUGGCAUCAUCAGCAAGAUGAUGUAUGAAAACACGACCAUGGUGGUACAGGAGGUGAUUGAGUUCUUUGUGAUGGUGUUCCAGUUCGGGGUGCCCCAGGCUCUGGUUGGGGUGCGUCGCAUGCUGCCUCUCAUCUGGUCCAAGGAGCCAGGUGUCCGGGAAGCUGUGCUGAAUGCCUACCGCCAGCUCUACCUCAGUCCCAGAGGGGACUCGGCCAGGGCCAGGGCCCAGGCUUUGAUUCAGAAUCUCUCUUUGUUGCUGGUGGACGCCUCGGUUGGGACCAUUGAGUGUCUCGAGGAAAUUCUCUGUGAGUUUGUUCGGAAGGAUGAGUUAAAACCAGCAGUGACGCAGCUGCUGUGGGAGCGGGCCACCGAGAAGGUCCCCUGCUCUCCUGCAGAGCGCUGUUCCUCUGUCAUGCUCCUCGGCAUGCUGGCGCGAGGAAAACCUGAAAUUGUGGGAAGCAACUUAGACACGCUGGUGAGCAUAGGGCUGGACAAGAAGUCUCCAGCAGACUACAGGCUGGCGCAGCAGGUGUGCCAGGCCAUCGCCAACAUCUCUGACAGGAGAAAGCCUUCCUUGGGCAAACGCCACCCCCCCUUCAGGCUGCCUCAGGAGCACAGGCUGUUUGAGCAACUUCGGGUGAUGGUGACAGAAGGCUUUGCCCACCCGGACCCACUCUGGAUCCCAUUCAAGGAGGCGGCAGUGACCCUCACCUACCAGCUGGCAGAGGGCCCCGAGGUGAUCUGUGCCCAGAUGCUGCGGAGCUGUGCCAGGCAGGCUCUGGAGAAGCUGGAGGAGAGGAACUCCAGCCAGGAGGACCCCAGGCAGACCAUCCCAAUGCUCCCCACUUUCUUCCUGAUGCACCUGCUGUCACUGGCCGGGGACGUGGCCCUGCACCAGCUGGUGCAUCUGGAACAGGCAGUGACCGGAGAGCUCUGUCGGCGCCGAGUUCUCCAGGAGGAGCAGGAGCACAAGACCAAGGAGCCCAAGGAGAAGAACGUGGCCUCCGAGACCAUGGAGGAAGAGCUGGGGCUGGUCGGGGCCACAGCGGACGACACGGAGGCCGAGCUCAUCCGCGGCAUCUGUGAGCUGGAGCUGCUGGAUGGCAAGCAGGUCCUGGCGGCCUUUGUCCCGCUUUUGCUCAAAGUCUGCAACAACCCCGGCCUGUACAGCAAUGCAGAGCUCUGUGCGGCAGCCUCGCUUGCCCUCGGCAAGUUCUGCAUGAUCAGUGCCACUUUCUGCGACUCCCAGCUUCGUCUUCUGUUCACCAUGCUGGAGAAGUCACCACUGCCCACAGUGCGCUCCAACCUCAUGGUUGUCACUGGGGACCUGGCCAUCCGCUUCCCCAACCUGGUGGACCCCUGGACCCCUCAUCUGUAUGCUCGCCUCCGGGACCCAGCUCAGCAUGUGCGGAAGACGGCGGGGCUGGUGAUGACCCACCUGAUCCUGAAGGAUAUGGUGAAGGUCAAGGGCCAGGUGAGCGAGAUGGCCGUGCUGCUCAUCGACCCCAAGCCUCAGAUUGCCGCCCUGGCCAGGAACUUCUUCAGUGAGCUCUCCCACAAGGGCAACGCCGUCUACAAUCUCCUUCCUGACAUCAUCAGCCGCCUGUCAGACCCCGAGGGCGGGGUGGAGGAGGAGUCUUUCCACACCAUCAUGAAGCAGCUCCUUGCCUACAUCACCAAGGACAAGCAGAACGAGAGCCUGGUGGAGAAGCUGUGCCAGCGGUUCCGCACGGCCCGGACCGAGCGGCAGCACCGCGACCUGGCCUUCUGCGUGUCGCAGCUGCCCCUCACAGAGCGAGGCCUCCACAAGAUGCUCGACAAUUUCGACUGCUUUGGAGACAAACUGUCAGAUGAGUGCAUCUUUGGUGCCUUCCUGUCUGCUGUGAACAAGCUGCGGCGCGGGGCCAAGCCCGAGGGCAAGGCUGCGGUGGACGAGUUUGAACAGAAGCUGCGCGCCUGUCACACGCGAGGGCUGGACGGCAUCAGCAUCGAGGAGCGCGGGGCCGGCAGCCCGAGAGCCGCCGCCGCGGCCCGGAAGCCGCGCAGCACAGUCUCAGGGCGGCAGCCCGCAGCUUCCGUAGCCUCAGACAGCGACUUUGUUACGCCCCGGCCCCGCCGCACUACCCGGCGGCUGCCACCCACUCUGCAAGGCAGCUCCAAGAAGCAGCCCAGGGUCGUCUUCUCCAGCGACGAGUCCAGCGAGGAAGAGCCCUGGGCCGAGAUGACGGAGACGCCCCGGAAAACAACGCCCAUCCGCAGGGCCUCAGCCCACAGGCGCGGGCCCUAGGCAGCCGCUCGCCAGCUCCAUCCCUGCUGCGCACCCAUGGGUGACCUGGAAUCCAGUUCUGUCCCCUGUGCAGUCCUGGGCUGCCCGUCCCGUUUUUAGUACUGCAUGUCCAACAUGCGAGGCCUUGCCCCUCGGCCAGCGCUCUCACGCAGGCCCACUGCGUUCGCUGGGGGAUAGGCCUGCAGUCUGCUCGGUCUACUGAAUAAAUGUUUUUAUGCACUUUU